AUGUCCCAUAAAACACCAACAAGAGCAAGAUCUUGCUAUGCUAAUAGUUCUACUACAUCAAUGAAUUCAACUCCUUCUAGAAACUCAUUCAGACCGCCAUCAAGAUUAUCAUUAAUUCCUAGAUCAUCUUCACCUAUCCAACCACCUAGAUCUCGUCCAAGUUCAGCAAUGUCAAUUAGUCGACCAUCAACACCAUCAAUGAAAAGUCAAGAGCCGUAUACUGGUGCCAUUACCGUUUCAAUAAGACCAAACCCUAAUACAAUCGAUAACAAAAAUUGGAGUAUUGAUGAAUUUAAUAACUCGAUAAUAAAUACCACUGAUGGUACAAGAUUUGUGUUUGAUAAUGUUUUCCCUAUGGAUAGACAAUUGAGUAAUAUCCAAGUAUAUAACAAAUCAUGUUAUAAUGUUGUCAAUAAGUUUCUUGAAGAAGGAUAUAAUGGUACUAUAUUUGCUUAUGGGAUGACGGGAUCAGGUAAAACAUUUUCUAUGAAAGGGUGUGAAAAUGAUCCUGGGUUUGUUGAAUUAGCAAUCAAUGAUAUUUUCCAAAAAAUUAAUGAUAAUACCACUACCAAAAAAUAUAAAAUGGAUAUUUCGUAUCUUGAAAUCUAUAAUGAAAAGAUUAUAGAUUUAUUAUCUGGAUCAGCAUCAUCCCCAACAACCUCUCAGAGUAACCAAGAUUUGAAAAUUAGAGACGAUGUGGAUUUUGGUACCAAAGUAGUUGGGUUAACCAGUGCUAACAUUAGUUCAAAACCACAAUUAUUACAAUUGAUUAAAUAUGGAGACACCAAUAGAAAAACCAGUGCCACUGAUUUCAAUGCUAGAUCGUCGCGAUCUCAUUCAAUUUUACAAAUAAGAUUACAAGUGAUUGAUUUGUUGACUGAAACUGAGUUGAAAUCAACGUUAUCCUUAUGUGAUUUAGCAGGGCUGGAAAGAGCAGCAACUAGUUUAGAAAGAAGAAAAGAAGGUUCAUUCAUUAACAAAUCAUUAUUGGCUUUAUCUAAUGUCAUCAAUAAACUUUCAAGUUCAACUCUAGAACAUAUUCCCUAUCGAGACUCAAAAUUGACAAGAUUAUUACAACCGGCAUUAAGCGGGUCUUCAUUGGUUCUGAUUCUUUGUACCAUUCAUAUGGGAGGAAAUCAACAGAAUUCUCAACAAUGUGUUGCCGAGACAUAUAAAACUUUAAGAUUUGCUGCGAGAGCUAAAGAUAUUGUUAUAAAUGUUGAAAAAAACAUGAGUCAUAAACUUGAUGGUGGUGAUUCAAGUAAGAUGAUUCAAGAGUUGAAUGAGAUUAUCAGUAAACAACGACAAGAAAUUAUAAAACUACAAUCAAAUACGGGUGUAUCAUCAGAAAAAUUUGAGAAUUCAAGGAUUGUUCAAUUGGAAUCAGAAAAUAGAGUAUUGAUAGAGAAAUUGGAUCAUUUAACUAGACUAACAGAUCUACAAAAAACAGAAACGGCAAUAAUCAAAAAUGAUAUAUUGAAUGACAUUUUAGCUUCUGGUUUAGACAAUCUGCAAAUUCUUAUGACAAAUAUUGAAGAUUUCUAUAAAAAAAUGACUUAUGAAGCCAAUGAAUACAAAUCAUAUAUUUGUCGUUUAGAAACACAAUUAAGAUUAGAAUCAAUAAAUAGUACCCAACAACAGCAAUCAUCAUCACCAACAUCCAGUAUACCAAUGACAAACACCACUAAUGAUUCAUCUGAAUUAAUGGAUGCUUUGAAAGAACAAGAAGAAGAAAUUCUUAUGUUAAAAGAACAAUUAAAAGACAAAGAUCAGAUAAUAAAGAGUUUAUCUCAAACGACAAGAUUACGUCGAUUAGUUGGUAAUAAUAACAAUAGCACCGCUAAUAGUCAUAACACAUAUAAUACCUUGGAUAAUGAUUUCAAACGACACACAACAAUAGUCAAUUUUGAUAAAGAGAAUUAUGAACCCGAAUUACGUGAUUUCAAGCUAAGUCCAAAGAAACCAAAAUCAAAUUGUGAUAUUCUAGAAAGUUUUUGA